UUGCACACCCUGGAGGUGCAGGCCGUGAUAAAGAGGGGCACAUGCGUGCCGUAUUUGUGGACAGUGAGAAAAAGGUUUUGCAAAGAUUACUCAAAAGUUUCAAGACAGGGAAAAAGGCCACGUCUUUCAAGUUUGGCUACGCGAAUGUCAUAAGUUGUGCAAAAGGAUGUGGAUCGAAUUGGUCUUUAGGUUACAAUAGAAUGCCAGAAGAAAAAGUCAUGAACCCAUGGUUAACGAAUACCUAUUCUUACUCCCAUGAAUUUGAUUACGGAAGUGAGGACAGCAUAUUGAAAUCUUCCAUGGAAGCUAUACGCCGUGAAGUAGAAGCUUGUGACUGUUUCUCAGGAUUUGUUAUAUUUCAUAGUUUGGCUGGUGGGACUGGUUCCGGAUAUGGUGCAAGAAUUUGUGCGGAGUUGAGAGAUCGAUACCCAGUUGCAUAUCAACUCAGUGUGACUGUGGCACCACAUUCCACUGGGGAAUGUCCAACCCAACCAUAUAAUGAAUUACUGUGUUUGGCAGGGUUACAACAAGACUGUGAUGGUAUUAUAAUGUUUGAGAAUGAUGAAGUCUUGGACUCAAUCAGUAGAUCAUCAACUUCUGCAACUAGCGCUGUCUCUCUUACACAAAUGAACUCUUAUAUUGCUGAUUGCAUAUCUAAUUUGCUAAGGCCUGUAUCUAGUCUCACUCCACCAAAUGGUGUCACUGUUGGCAUAGAACCUUGGGAAUUGAUUAGAUCUGUAUCACCAAUGCAUCCUAUGAAGCUCUUAAACUGCAGGACUGUACAGGAAAAACAGAAUGCGAGUCGACCAUCCACAAAGUCUUCAUCAUGGCCAGAAUUAUCUAAAAAGCUUUGCCAGGGACCAAGAACAAAAUUCUUACAAACGAAAUCACAAUAUGGAAUAGACGAUUCUACAUUAGCAGCAGUAUGUGUUUGUCGUAAUGCUACCAAAAGCAAAAGAAGCGAUACAAACAACCUCGAUGUGGCAAAUCUUGCAUCAAGGCUAAAGAAUUCGUACAAUUGCGUUACCUGGAACCCAUUCCCCAUUGAUGUGUGGGUUGCUGAAAAAAAUGAAGUAAAUACAGAUGCAUCAAAAUCUCUGACUGUAUGUGCUAAUAUUACUUCACUAGGAACUGUGCACUGUGCUAAUUGUUGCAUUCUGCCAGACGGAAAUUUGAAGCAAAGGCUUACUUGCACUGGUAUGAAAGAUAUGGGACAUAUCAUAGUGAUUUUGAAAAUGCAUUUGAUAUUGUCCAUAAUAUUGUAAAAGAAUAUGAAAAGGCAGCAGCAUAAUGAAUAAGAUUGCUGAAUAUCACCACUGGAGCCCUGUGGCAAAAACAUAAAAAUAGUCUUCUGGCCUAAAAUUUGACUAUCGGAUUUCAAGUAUCGGAGUGUUCUCAACCUGCAACUUAUCCAAAUGAGUGAGAAUCGUUUCUUUUUUCUUGAGAAUUGUAUUAUUGUGAUUCACCUCAUUGCACAAUAAAAUUUACUUACUUCAACAACAAACAUACUUCAAAAAAAGAAUGAGAAUUAAGACUUUAUACACACUUAACAUUUUGAAAAAUAGACCAACGUGUGAGGCAGAGACCUGGACACAUUGUAAAGGCCCUCCCUCCACGACCAAAUCAGUAAUAAUAACAACAAUAAGUUUCUGAAAGCUGACUUCUGUAUAAAAAGGUAGGUUUAUGAAGACUAGGAUGGCACCACAGUGUGCUUUUCUAACAUGUUGGAGUAUAUCUAUUUGGGAACCAUAGCUAUUUUUUUUUCUGUGAUUCAUUGAGGCCGGAGGUAGCCAAGCUUAAAUAAUGGUUUCGAUAUAUUAAAUACAGAAGCUUCAAUACCUCAGGAAAUUAAAAUGAAUGGCAAAAACUCUUGAAGGGUUUAGGGAAAAUUGGGUUGUAGUAAAUGACAAUGAAACAGUUUAAACCUGUGUAAAAAAUAG